AACCCUAAAAUUCUCUCCCUAAACCCUUUCCGCAGAAAGAGAGGCGAAACUUGAGCUUCAUUACUUUCACUAUUGGCGACCACAAAAGUAUUCCACUCGACGCCGCCUCCGACUCCGACUCCGGCAACCCAUUACUACUUCCUUUUAUCAAUCAACUCGCUUAGACCCUUCGCUUCUCUACUCCCUUAUAGGUUGAAGCAAGCACAAUAAAAAAAUGCAGUCUAACCAAGCUACUUCUUCCAUGGAAGUUGAGGCAAUACCAUCUGAAAUGAAUUCUGCACCUGGGUCUUUGCCAACAAAACCAAAAUUUGAGCCUUUGAUGGCUCAUGAGAUGUCUGAUGGCCGAGUUCAAUUUCGUAAGGUCUCCGUCCCGCCACACCGUUAUUCACCUCUCAAGAAACUAUGGUUGGAUAUCUACACGCCGGUAUAUGAGCAGAUGAAGAUCGACAUACGAAUGAAUCUCAAGGCUCGGAAGGUGGAAUUAAAGACUAGACAAGAUACACCUGAUGUUAGUAAUCUACAGAAGUGUGCUGAUUUUGUUCACGCUUUCAUGCUUGGUUUUGAGGUGGUUGAUGCCAUUGCUCUUCUGCGUAUGGAUGAGCUCUAUGUGGAGUCCUUUGAGAUCAAGGAUGUUAAAACUCUCCGCGGUGAGCACUUGUCUCGUGCCAUAGGUAGACUAUCUGGGAAAGGUGGUAAGACGAAGUUUGCAAUUGAGAAUGCUACUAAGACGAGAAUUGUGAUUGCUGAUACCAAGAUUCACAUAUUGGGGUCUUUUGCAAAUAUUAAGGUAGCUAGAGAUUCCCUUUGCAGCCUUAUUUUAGGUUCCCCUGCCGGAAAGGUAUACUCGAAACUAAGAGCAGUUUCUGCUAGAUUGGCAGAAAGAUUUUGAUUCAUACAUUUAUGCAAUCUUGUUCUAGUUUAUAACUGCGAGUUAUGAGUUUUGGUAGUUCGUUUUAACUUUUUUUUUUGGGUUCUGGGAUUAUAAGUUUAGUUUCUGAGAAUUGAGAAUCGAGUUUUGAUUUGCUUUUGAAAUUUUAGGGAGAUUUAUGUCGAAAAAUUGUCAUUUAUAAGAACAUCAUUUGUACUUAAGUUCUUCAAUGAACUACAGGCACCUUAUAUAAGAAUGUUUUGAGCGGUUCUUUUUC